ACACUACAACUUUGUUUUUGACAGGUAUGAUGAAGUUGAUUCUCUUCACCGUUUUCGCCAUUCUGGCAGUUGUUAGUGUUUCAGAAGAUGAUGAUGGAGCUGCAAUGCUUGCAGUCUCGAGAGCCUUUCAGCCGCAUCCACCUCGGUGGUCCACUCGGUCUUCCUUUGCAUACUGCAAAUGGAAAGGCGUGGAGUGCAACCACAUCAACCACCGGGUUAUUUCAAUUAACAUUUCUGGUUUAUUGCUAGGUGGAGUGAUUUCAUCGGCGAUCAGUUUGCUCCCUGAGUUGGUUGAGGUUAACCUCCAAAACAACCAACUCACUGGAGAAAUACCGAGGCUUCCAAAACACAUAAAGGUUGUUUAUAAACCCGGGAAUCAGUUGCUUAGACACAUGUCAAGAGACAAUGGAGUGACUACGGGCAUAGUCAUUGCAAGCACAGUUGGAGGUGGACUCAUUUUGAUCACCUUUAGUAUCCUGGUUUGUGCAUUGAUUACUGGACAUGAUCGUGAUGAAAACCAUUACCCAAUAGAAACUCUUCGUCGAGCCACCAACGAUUUCAGUGAGGAAAAUGUAUUAGGCCGAGGUGGUUCUGGGGUCGUUUACAGAGGAGUACAACGUGAUGGCACCACUAUCGCUGUUAAGAAGAUGGAGUUUGGAGUGCUUGAUGAAAGGGCGAUGAGUGAAUUCAACAAUGAGAUUAGUGUGUUUACUAGUCUUCGACACAAGCAUUUGGUUCCACUUCUUGGAUUCUGCAUUGAUGGCAAUGAGAAGCUGCUUGUGUACGAGUAUAUGCCUCUUGGAACAUUGGCGCACCAUUUGUUCGAGUGGAGUAACCGCGGGUAUAUCCCUUUAACAUGGACUCAGAGGAUAGCCAUAGCAUUGGAUAUCGCACGGGGGAUUCAGUAUCUUCAUGGUCUUGCGAGAAGAAACUAUAUCCAUAGAGACUUGAAGCCUUCCAACGUACUUAUAGGAGAUGGCAUGAGAGCGAAGAUUUCUGAUUUUGGUUGUAUGAAGCUCUUACCCGAGGGAGUCGACUCAGUUGAGACUGCAACAGUGGUGGGAACCUUUGGUUAUAUUGAUCCAGAUUAUGUUGGAAGAAAAGCAAAUGAUGAGACAUUGCGUGAUGAUGAACAAAAUGUGGUCAGGUGGUUACGUCCGAAGAUUAAAGAUACAACAUUCUUGAACUUGAUUGAUGGCACUAUAGCAACAGACGAAGAAACCAUUGAGAGCAUCAAGAAGAUUGCGAAAUUGGCUGAAUACUGCACUUCUCAAGAGGUUGAAAGUAGACCAGACAUGUUUCAAACAGUGAAUUGGCUGGUUCCUCUUGUGGAGCAUUGGGAGCCACCACCUAGUGAAGAAGAUACAGAAUCAGACAAGGACACCACGACUCUUCUAGAAAAGUUGCAUAGGUGGGAAAUUGAAGCUGGGGAGGGAACAUCUAUGGCUUUCUACGGUGAACCAAGCGGCACCAAAUAUGAAAAGACACACUCGUCACAGCCUUCUUUAAGUGGCAUCGAGGAAAUAGAAAUGACUCGCAGAUAGUCUUUUGGAUUUUGAGAAGACCAAUGUGGUAAGUUUCCAAUGCCCGUUCGAUUUACAUUUUAUAGCAAGCUUGGCUGAAAAUUUAGAAAUCGUUCUUACAUAUUGAUGAUUGGAUUAUUGAUUAGGAUAGUUUUUAUCGUCAGAUGUUGUACUGUCAAUGAAUGUGUGGCUUGAAU